AUAAGUGUGGGGUGUUGAAGGCACAGAGGAGGCCAGUGCGACUGAGCAUCCUGAAUACAGGGGAGAGAGGCAUGGACAUGGAUAGAGAGAGAUGGAGAACAGCAAGUCCAGUUGGGCCUGGAGGCCAGGUUAGGACUCAGGUUUUAUUCCAAGAGCAAUAAGGACCACUGGAGCAUUUUCAGCUGCUUGGUGACAGGAGCUGGUGAGAAUUUGUGAGGGGUCUUGUGGCUGCUGCGUAGAGAAUGGGGCUCUGGGCAGCACGGGUACAAGUGACCCGUCUCUGCCUUCUCUUCCUGCCCCAGUGCAUUGCCUCUGCAGACGUUCUGUGUGCUGCUCCUGUCCUUCCACACCUGAGCAGUCACCCUGAUGUCACACCACAUCCCUCACGGUACAGGGGGAUCUUGGCACAAUUCUCUUUUCACUCCUCAUGUUUUAGGACAUAUAAAAAGUUAUUUUUUUCUCAAAUGAAAUAUUUAACCCAAGCAUAUGUUGUUUCAGGUUUUAAAAAUCAAUUUGAUUGGCCACAGGAAACGUAUUUUGGCAUCUCUGGGAGACAGGCUGCACGACGAUCCCCCGCAGAAGCCCCCUCGGUCCAUCACCCUCAGGGAACCCAGUGGUAAUCACACUCCUCCUCAGUUGUCUCCAUCACUUAGCCAAAGCACUUACACCACUGGUGGCUCCCUAGACGUUCCUCACAUUAUCAUGCAGGGCGAUGCAAGGAGGAGAAGGAAUGAAAACUACUUUGAUGAUAUUCCCCGAUCAAAACUGGAGAGGCAGAUGGCCCAGCUGCAUGACCUAGAUCAAGUCAUAUGGUGUCUCUGAAUUUCAGUUUUCUUCUCUUUAAAAUGUGGAUGAUGCCUGCUUCUCAGGUUUGUGUGUAUCAGACAAUUUAUGUGAAAGCAUAUUCUAAACUGUAAAGCACUGUAU